UCUCACUGUACACAGAAAAGGAGGAGAACAAGAAAGGAGGACAUAAAAGGACUGAGAGAAGAGAAAGACAGAAGAUACUAUAAAUGAAUUAUACAAGAAGGUAAUUAAGAAUGGGAGAUGAGAAAGAGGAGAAAGAAAACAACAGCAAAGGAGAUGAGCAGCUCGCAAGGACCUUACCUCUAAUAUCUGGGCGAAGCUGGUUGUCAAGGCCCCUGCCUCGAUUACAAUAGCCGCGGUCCGACGCUAAUCCCGCGUAAAUCGAGUUCGUGGAUCCGGCUUGUUAUUCCUGCUGUCUGCCUCCGGAAGGUUCUUGCGAGUUACCAGACGGCGUAAGGAAGAGGGAACAGAAAAAAAAAAAAACCCAAAACAAACAAAAACCCCAAAUAAUAAAAUGAAAGACGAGCAGGGUUGGAAGAGAAAAAGCAGAGGAGACAGCCAAGCCAUGACGGAGUGGAGGCAUGGCAGAUGCUGUCGCUGUCGCGUGUGCGGCGGCGGAGCAGCGCACGGUGUCGCUGCAGGCUCAGGAACGGCUCCGUGUGGGCGGCUCCGCCCCGGUGCGGCGGAGAGCCCGGCUGUGAGCGCGGGGGGGCGGCGCGGGCCGGGCAGCAGAGCCGGUGCGUGCGGGCGGCGGCGGGGAGCCGUGCGGGGCCCGGGCCGGGGCCGGCAGCCACAGCGGCGGCGGCGGCGGCGGCGGCGGCCGGGAGGAUGGGCGAGCGCUGUUGUGCGGCGGUGCUGCGGGUGCUGGUGCUGCUGCAGGCGGCCUGGGCGCUGGCGGGCGGGCAGGUGCGCUACUCGGUGCCGGAGGAAGCCAAGGCCGGCACGGUGGUGGGCCGUCUGGCGCAGGACCUGGGCCUGGAGGCGGGCGAGGCGGAGGCGCGGCGGCUGCGGCUGGUGGCGCAGGGCCGGCGGGCGAGCGUGGAGGUGAGCGGGGCGAGCGGCGCGCUGCUGGUGAGCUCGCGGCUCGACCGGGAGGAGCUGUGCGGCAAGAGCGCGCCGUGCGCGCUGCGCCUGGAGGUGCUGCUGGAGCGGCCGCUGCGCGUCUUCCAUGUGCAGCUGGAGGUCACCGACAUCAACGACAAUGCCCCCGUCUUCCCCGCCGCCCGCAAAAACCUCAGCAUCGCGGAAUCGUCUGUGCCGGGGUCUCGUUUCCCGCUGGAGGGCGCGUCGGAUGCGGAUAUCGGAGCG